AUGCCUGCUCAACUUUCGAUUGGUGUCGAAAUCCGUUCCGAGUUAACGAGUCUGGGCUGUCAAUUGAUCAAGAGAUACUCAAAUGUGGAGUCAUUGCUCAAGAAAGGUUUGCUCAAGAACGGUGACGCAAAAACAUGUGGCCUAUCUACGAACCCACCGUUUUGCUAUGCAUCGACCGUGUACUUGAACAGCUUUCUCUUCGUUGACGAAGUAAAGAUGUUUGUGUUGAGCGAGAUGUGCUUGCUUCCUCGUGGCCGGAUUGUUUAUAUCGACAGAAGUGUAUUGCCCAAGGCAUCGGCCUUCUUGCAGAAGUAA